CGGGUGCUGCCGGGGGCGGCGGCGCGGAGGGGGCGCCCGCAGCUGGCGGCGGCGCGGGCCCGGCGCUCGGCUCGCGGCUCGCGGCGGGGGGCGGAGGUGAGGACCGGAACGAGGAGGGCGGCGCUGCUCGCGGCGCCGGGCCGCGUCCCCUGUCCGCGGCCGCCCUGCCACCAGCCCGCGUCCCCGCCGGCGGGGGCUCGGGGGCCCGGGCGGCGGCGCGGCUGUGGCGGCGACGGGCUGGAUGCGAGACCUGCGCGGACCUGGCGGCGCACGGCGGCUCUCGACUCUGGGAAGCCCAUCGCGGAGGGGACGAGCCCGAACGUGCUGGCCAUGGCCUCCAACUUUAACGACAUAGUCAAGCAGGGCUACGUGAAAAUCCGCAGCAGGAAGCUGGGGAUUUUCAGACGAUGCUGGUUGGUUUUCAAGAAGGCUUCUAGUAAAGGACCCAGAAGGCUGGAAAAAUUUCCAGAUGAAAAGGCAGCAUAUUUCAGAAACUUUCAUAAGGUAACGGAACUGCACAACAUCAAAAAUAUAACCAGACUGCCUCGAGAGACAAAGAAGCAUGCAGUGGCAAUUAUCUUUCAUGAUGAAACGUCAAAGACGUUUGCCUGUGAGUCAGAGCUGGAGGCCGAGGAGUGGUGCAAGCAUCUCUGCAUGGAGUGUCUGGGCACCCGGCUGAAUGACAUCAGCCUUGGCGAGCCCGAUCUUCUGGCGGCAGGCGUACAGCGAGAACAAAAUGAGAGAUUCAAUGUAUAUCUUAUGCCUACACCAAAUCUGGAUAUUUACGGUGAAUGCACAAUGCAGAUCACUCAUGAGAAUAUCUAUCUCUGGGAUAUCCACAAUGCCAAGGUCAAACUGGUGAUGUGGCCUCUCAGCUCCCUGAGGAGAUAUGGACGGGACUCAACAUGGUUUACCUUUGAGUCAGGAAGAAUGUGUGACACAGGAGAAGGACUAUUCACUUUUCAAACAAGGGAAGGAGAAAUGAUCUAUCAGAAGGUCCAUUCUGCGACACUGGCCAUAGCUGAGCAACAUGAAAGAUUAAUGCUAGAAAUGGAGCAGAAGGCCCGGCUUCAGACGAGCCUGACUGAGCCAAUGACGUUAUCCAAAUCGGUAUCUCUUCCUCGCAGUGCAUACUGGCAUCACAUCACUCGUCAGAACAGCGUUGGAGAGAUCUACAGUCUGCAAGGUCAUGGGUUUAGUUCCUCAAAGAUGUCACGUGCACAGACAUUUCCCAGCUACGCCUCGGAGCAGAGCGAAGAGACUCAGCCGUCUCUGUCCCGGUCGAGCAGUUACGGAUUCAGCUACAGCUCCAGCCUCAUUCAAUGACAGUCAGAGAGCCACUGCCAACCAGAGAGACAGUCUGUCUGGACCUGCUAGUGGGGUUGCUGCUCCCUCAGCCUCCUGGAAGACCAGUUGCAGGCAAAAUUGAAAUGGGGCGGGUCUAGCCCCGAUCCCAGUGACAGGUUAAAAACUGGAGUUCUGCUUCCUUGACUCUGUGGCUAAGUCCUUUAUUUAUUGAGUUUCUUGGGGGUGGGGGGGGAAUCUAUGUUUUACAAAAAUAGAAUCCAAAUCGUAUGAACAGUCAUUUAAAUGAAAUCCUUUGGUUCUGGGCACCAUGAAAAGUUGCCCACACUGGGUUGUGCCUGGGUGGUGGGCCUGACCCCUGUCCUCGUGGCUCAGCCCUCCGGCCUGAUGACAGGGUCUGUCCUUAGACAUAAGGUCACCCACCACAACCUAUGUGGCGUGGAAAGUUUUGACGGGGACAAAUCCAGCAAGGUCUACAAAUGGCAUCAUAACUCUCCAUAUAAAUAAGCCCCAGUGACAAUUAAGGGAACCCGAGAUCUAGAACACACUGUUGAGCAGGGCCUUGUAGCUCUGCUGUGUGUGUGUGUGUGUGUGUGUGCAUCUGUAGACAAAUAGAGAUACGGAUAUUGCUGUAUCCAUCUAUAUCUAACAAGUAUAUAUCAAAUGUGUGCUGAGGGUGACAGGAUAUGCUCACUUACAUUGUUGAAUACUGUAAUUUGGUGCAUUAACAUUAAGAUUGUUAUGUUGAAUAGCUAUUUUUAAAAUAGUGCUGUAAAAAAAAAAGGCUUCUUAUUAGCAAAAGUAUUUACGUAGUCAAGUCUGCUCCUCUGACAAGUAUAAAUGAAUAUGUGAGAAGGAGGGACACACUCGAAAACAAAGGCAAGAGAACCGGUCUAGCUGUCUGUCCUACGUGUCAUGUCACCACACUGUCUUUCUGGUCAGUACUCCCUUCUUGACAGUGUUUCUCUCUUUGACCAUCCCUCUGAGCUACGUGAGGAAGAUCGGGUUUCAUCACCCACUGCUUCCAUUUACCCUCAAAUAAAAGAAAGACUUUAAAUGAGAAACUGUAUUUCAAGAAAGAGAUAAAAAGUAUAUGUAUAUACCUAAAAAGAACUAGCUAUUUUACAGUCGGGAGAACAAUGGCACAGGAUUGUAGAUAUUAAUUAUUUAAGAUUUUAUAGCUGCCAUUCUCAAAAGCCAUUGGGUGCUUGUGAUUUAGUGUGUAACCAGAAUUUGCUAAGCUUACUUUCUUUUUAAUGGACAUGGGUUGGCUGGGAUUAUAAGAGAAAACAGAUCAAAUAUAAUUUUUUUUCAUCUCUGACAUUCAUGACAAAACUACCAAGUUUAGAGGGAAGUGAGUGGUUGGGUUCCACGUGAUCUAAAAAAUUUGGCUGAUUUAAUUAAGGUCAACAAAGAUAUUUUUGUCCUUAAUUUUGAAGUUUACUCAAGUAAAAAUAAAAAUCAUUCUGCCUGAAUUAUCUGAUGCCACAUGCCUAAGAUGGUCAGCUUAUAAAUACUCCAAGGGGAAUCUAAAGAACAAUGAGCCCAGAUCAUGUAAGAUAAAAGCCUGAAUUUUUUUCUUAAUAGCAAAAUUCUUUAAACUAUUAAAGUUAGUCUGUUGAAGGGGUAUCUGUUUUGCUGAUCUGUAAUAAGACUCUUUUUUUUUUAUCUCUAUCCGUAGCUUGAAUGCAGAUUCCAAAUUCAUUUCAUAGAAUUACUACUGAGUAGAAAUGGUUCUGGGUCCCUCCUAGAUAAAUUUACACUUAUAACAACAACCUAGACUCUCUGAAUCUCUCAGAUAAGUAUGAAAACCCCAUCAAGAUGCUAAUCAUAAGAGUUAAUGUGGCUGUGAAAAAUAAUUAUCUUAAGCUUUCAGGGAUAAAAAGAAAAUUAUUCAAACUCUCUGCGCUGUGAAUUUUGCUGACACAGCAGAAAAGCAGACGCCUGGUUCCUGAUGAUGAUACAGCCCUCCCUAAAAUCCCAGCUUGCAGGGUCACACACCUCUGAAUCACUUAGCACAUUGGCAUUUGCUUCUGAAAUCCGUUGUAAACCACACCAGAGCAACUCCCCGCUGAGACCAUUUGAGCACAGCUCCUAGGGGUGCCACAUUCAGAGCAAGGCUCUCACCCGCUCACUCAGUCGAGCUGUUGCUUAGAGACCACAGUUUCUACAUGGGACUCGGGGGGAUAGCCCCUCGGGGGUCCUGGUUCAUGUCUCAGCUUCAUUAAUGUGCGAGAAGCACAGAGAGAGAAUCCGGGGCGGGGGG